AUGGCCAAUCCUUACGAGUCGACGACGUUUUGGGACUCACUAUCCUUGCGUGUCGACGGUGCCAUUGGCGCAAUGUCUCUUUCUCCUAACGGGAGAGAUGCUGUUUUGGCCGGACGCAGAGGCCUUUUCAUUAUAGACUUGGAUGACCCUUUCAAGGCGCCCCGGUGGCUCCAUCACAUUACAUCAUGGGAAGUUGCGGACGUUCAAUGGUCGCCUCACCUGGCAAAACCAUCCUGGUGUAUAUCCACGUCGAAUCAGAAAGCACUAUUAUGGGACUUAGCCAGACCUUCGAACAAUGCUAUCCAGAAUGUACUCCACAGACAUACUAGGGCAAUCACGGACAUCAAUUUCCAUCCAGUAGACCCUGAGAUGUUAGCGACUUGCUCAAUUGAUACCUUUGUUUAUAGCUGGGAUAUGAGAACACCAAGAAGGCCAGUGGGAAAAUGGGCAGAAUGGAGAGCUGGAGCGACCCAGGUCAAAUGGAAUACUGCUAACUCCUACCAAAUCUGCUCAAGUCAUCACCACAGUUUCUAUUUGUGGGAUUCACGAAAGGGAUCGAAUCCAGUUUUGAAGAUCGAAAAUGCUCACUCUGGAAAAAUCAAUGGUCUAAGUUUCAGUGGCUUCAACGAUAAACUCAUUACUUGUGCAAACGACAAUACUGUGAAGUUUUGGGAGGUCAGCUCCGCUUCCCGUGAUGGCGAAUUGCAACCCACUGUUUGCAUAAGAACAGACUAUCCUGUGGCUAGAGCGAGGUCUCUUCCUUUCGGAGAGGAUAACUGUUGCGGAAUAAUGCCAUCAAGAGGAGGUGGUGAUGCUGUUCACAUAGUAAACUACGAAGAAGCUUAUGAGCGGGCACAGUCCUUGGGAGAGACUGCUGUUAUGGACGCUAUUCCAGAUUAUUCAUAUAAAGGACAUAAUGGGAGGCUUAAAGAUUUUCUUUGGAGAACUCAACAUGAAAAAUAUCAGGGAUUUGAGAGCAAACAUGCUUGGAAAGAAUACCAGCUUGUCACAUGGUCGUCGCAAGACUUUGACUUGAAGUUGUGGCCACAUGACGAAAAGCUAUAUAACAUCGUUAACUACAAUCCUCUGCAUCAAAAAUUACUCGACUCUCUUGUUAGUUCGGUUGAAAGGCUGGAAUUUGAGUCCCAGUCUCAUGUCAGCACCCCAGAUUCAGAAGUUAAUGAGGAGGCGGCCAUGAACAAAUCGAGCUCAAUGAAUUAUACUACAUACUCCGCAGAGCCUCCUCUUUCGGUGACUGACUUGGCUAAAGAGACCAACGGAGACAUUUUAUCCACUUGGGCACUUUUCAAGAUCAAGCAAUCUCAGGAAUCACAGGGAGGUACUUCCCAAUUGAACCAUUUGAAUUGGAUUUCGGGUGUUAGAAUGGGAAGGAAAGCCCCGCGUAUAGGGGCCGAUACCCAGACGAUAGAGGAUGACGAUGGUCCUUCAAAUUUAGGUGAGGAGGUCAGUAUUGUCGGACAUAAGUUUCCCAAGAUACGUUUUGAGAAGAUUUCUGUUUCAACGGGCCAUAUUGUUCUAUCCCUACGCGGUCCAGUGCCUACAAGUCCUGGUGAUGAAUCUUCUGAACAAGUUCUAGAGAAUGAAAGAAAGGAGGGCCCAGCAGACAUGGAUGAUAUUACUUCCCCAAAUACCUCUGCAAUUGCGGCUCUAGCUCCGUUAACUCCAAUCCCCACAAUUUCGAAUGCUGGCCCAAUCACACCUUCCACUGCAGUGACAACUACCAAUGGCCCAAGUAUUCCUUCGCAGAAUAUCCAGAAGAGCCAGUCCACACCUAGUAAUCAUAACUUCACACCGAAAACUCCGGGAAAUUCUCGGCAAGUUCCGUUGAGUAAUAAUACUCCAGCAGCAGCCCCUCUGGCAGAUACCACUGUGGCAGCUGCUUCGAACGUGGAGACCUCCCAGGAGCAGAAGUUGAUUUUCAUCCGGUUGGAAAUCAAGUUUCCCAAGAUGUAUCCCUUCUUGGAAGAUAUGGAACUGGGCCGUGGGAGACCUUCGGCUAGACAGAAAAAAUAUAAUCAAGUCCGUUUUGAUAUUGAAGAGACACAUGAGCUUUCUCCAAAGAUCAAAAAGGAGAUGCUUUCCAACCUUCGUACCAUUGCUCAAUUUUACACAAAUAAGUACAACAAAUUUUGUCUUGAGCCUUGCUUAAGAUAUCUUUUAGGAGACAAAAUUGAACUUGAUGAUAAUUUGAUGCUUGAUAGUUCUGACAAUGAUAGUGUUAAUAAUUUGGGUGAAGUCAGCAGUAUUGAGGUGGGAAAUGAGGAUUGGGUGGAUGAUUUGAUUGAUCAACACGAAGCUGCUAAUGGGCUCUUGAAAGAUCUAUCGGUAUCCGCAGAUGAUGAAGAUGACGAUGAUGGAGAUAUUUUUCCGACGGCUAAUGAUGCUUUGACUAAUAGUGGAGAAUUAGAAAGAGCAUUGGAAACCUCUGUGUUGGGCUCCCCUCACCUUGCUGAUACUACUGAUGGAAAUAUUCGACACGACUCCACGCCAGUUCCAAAAGGAUGCGGAGUGGUUUGGACAAGAACUGGCCAAUUGGUGUGUUUCUUCAUUCCGAAAAGCAACGAACAUGAAACUGAGAAAACGCUUCAGAAAUUCAACAUUUUCAAAUUCACAGAUAGUGGGUUCAGCUUAAGAUCAUCUCAUUACCAUCAUCAUCAUGGAUCUGACCCAUCUAAGUCGGAAAAUGAAUCUGUUAUGUCUGAUGAUGACGAAGGUGGCUUGGCAAGCUCUAGCCAACCUAAUUCAGAUGAUGAAGGAGAUACCUCUGAUCCUUAUUCUUCGGACUUCAGUUUUUCAAAUGAUUGGGAUGAGAUGUUAGAAGAUGAUAUUCCGUCGCGGUCCCGUAUUCCUGGAAUAUUCAAAGGAUCGGUUGGUUUAGGUCGAAAACUCCUAGCACAAGAGAACGGGCGCGGCUCCAUCAACAGAACAAUUAGCGGAAGGGGAACUGGCUCGAACUACAAAUCGUCUAUUCACGACGACAAUAUCCUGAGGUCUACAAAGAAAGCGAGAAAAACCAAGAAGAGCAAAAAUAUUAUUGCCAUUCUUGAUUUUAGUCAUUUACUUCCGGACAAAUAUGAACUUGCAUGCGAUUACAGGGUCCUUGGAGAUGAGCCUCCGAUUCUCGCAAAGCACAACUACCAUGUUGCCUUAGAGCAUGGAUACAAAGAGAUUGCCAAUGUUUGGAGAAUUGUUGAAAUGAUAUUAAUCAAGGAUGUUCGCAUGACAGACAUUGAAUUACUCGCCAAAGGGAUUUUGAAUCCCAGUGUGGCUCAUAAGGGUCAUUUUUACUGGGGAAAUCAUCCAUUUGGUCAUACAUGGUUGGUUAAAGAAUUAUUUGAUUAUUUUGAGAAGAGGGGGAACUUGCAAAUGCUUGCAAUGCUCUCAUGCAUACUAUUCGAAAAUGUUUCCAAUAUGCGAUCUAAUACCGGUGGUGUUUUCACUGUUCCAAUUCAUACACCCUAUUCGGCAUUACCACCGCAUCCCUCAUUGACUGUAAUGCGAGAGUUCGGGCUAAUAUCUCCAGAACUAGAAACAUCUGCCACACCAAGUCAACUACCCCUAUCAAUUCUGGGAUCUCCGGGGUCUAGAAAGAACUCUGUCAUGAGUGGCAGGGAGUCAUUAUUUUCACGACUGAUUCCCAACUCGAUCGAACAACCAACCAGAAGUGAAUCUCCUAGUAAAGUGGGAUCGUUGAGGAAAUUGUUACCUGGUUCUCCGUAUCUUGAGACUCUUCUGUCAUUUGAACAGAACAACUUGAAGACUUCCAAGUCAUUCGAUGGUAUUAAAAAGUUUCCAAAGGGACCGAUCGCUCGGAAACCAAGUCGAAGUAUACAAAUGAAGAAAGGUUCUGCAUUGAAUAAUACUAUACUUCUGAAGCUGCGUCAGAGACCACCCCCCACGAUAACAAUUGAAAUGAAGAAUGUUCCAGGGGCGGAUUAUUUUGAGAAUAUUUACUCAAGCUCUCUAUUGAGUGAAUUGGAUCCAAUGAAGCUUUGGUCGUACAGAGAUCAAUAUUCCGAGAUGCUAUACUCUUGGGGUUUACCUUUUCACCGAAUCAAAAUCUUGAAGUUCAAUUAUCCAGAAGAUACCCAUAGGACUGAGAUGUUACUGUCUGGUGAUGUUUACAAAAUUAACUUCGGGUAUAGGUACCGCAAAGCCCUCAGUGCUAAUCAGCUGUUGGUGACACCUAUAACUCCUAUACCAACGGCGAAAAGCAAUUCAUGGAACACAAGGAAAAGGAACAAGCUUCAAUACUGCGCACUAUGUGGAUUGCUCAUAUCCAAAAGAGUUGUAAUCUGUACAUUCUGUGAACAUGUUCUUCAUUCACAUUGCGCAACUUCAUGGUGGUCGAUUAGCUCGAACGAUGAUGAAACAACUCUUGAGUGUCCCACUGGAUGUGGAUGUCAAUGCCUUGAUCAUAGAAUGUAG